AUGCCACUGCCACUCAGCCCACGUAGUCCUGCCGGCUACAAAGAAUUGCGCACAGGAAAAGAUGAAGUGGAUAACCAGAAUCAAAAACAUGCAGCUAUAACAAGAGACAGUACUCGAACCCCACUACGAAAAAGAGGAUGGCAUGGUCUCCGCACCUCCUACUACGACCUGCACUACCAAAUUGCGCGCACAGCCGGUGCACCGCCAGAUCCAUAUCUUGAACAAAAAGCCGCUCAUACACAUAUUGAAACCGCACAUCAAAGGCAUUGUUUCGAUUAUUUGCGCCGCGCCAUAAUGUGUGCCGCAGAUUCGAAUCUAGAAUAUGUUGAUCCAGUGACGGAUGAUACGACGGGAUGGGGAAGCGAGAGGGUUUGUAGGAGUUUUGAGGACGUGAAGGAGUGGGCAGAAAAGUGGGCUAAUGGGACGGAAGAGGUCGAGCACGAUUUGUGA